UUCAAAUGUGUAUAUACAAAUGUAAAACUUAUACAGCAACAAAGCAGUUAAUUUCAAAUUGAAUUAUUCAUUGGCCAGAGGAGGACGGAUUCAGUUUUUGAUUUUAAUAUGUAACAGUUGAGAAAUCCCGAUAUGGCAAAAGAGACACCACUCAGUUCGGUUGGAUGUUUUUUUAAUUCGAACCACUUUUAAAAUUACAAUGAGGUGAUUUGUUAAAAAGGAGAAAUGUGGAAAUUGAAACUUUUCCCAGGAUUUUUCCGGGGCUUGGCUGGAAAAUCCGAGCCGCCGAGACGUGUCUGCAUUGUUGGAAGUGGCCCAGCUGGUUUCUACUUUGCACAGCACUUGUUCAAAGAGUAUACACAUCUGGUUGGAUAGGUACUGGCCCAACUGGUGUAAUUAUAUCAACAAUGAACAACGCCUUCAGUCAGGCGGAUGCUCUAAUCCAAGAUAUACAAUCAGGAAAACUGGACACGUCAGAGGCCAAGCCAGGAUACAAUUUCAUAAAAACCAUCCUAGAUGCCAACGAUGUGGUGACAGUGAGUUUUGAAGGUUGGCAGCGUAUAGAUAAGGUUGAAGUUGAAAGGGGCGCCAAAGAAGGAAAGCCUAGGGAAAAAAUUGUUGAUAUAGAUGAACUGGUAGAAAUCGGAGGUACAGGCCAGGGAUUCCAAUUAGCGUCAGGAUCGGAGUAGUAGCACUGUUAAUGACUGCAAGCACUGCCGAGUAGACUGAGAAUACUAUCCCGGCGCAUAUGCAUAUCACAGUGCCGACCCAAAAAGUGAAGGUGUUCAAACUUUUCAUCUCUUCAAUAACUGAGAAACCAAAAAUAAUGACAAGAGGCGAGGAAAAAAUUGAUGAGAGUGGAAAGACAUAUUGCCAAUGCUGUAAAAAGAAGUGUACUGGCCCUGUGCUGAAAGUUCAAGAAAAAUAUUUCCACAACGACUGUUUCAAAUGUGUUGUUUGUAAAAAAUCCCUCGCAAAGGGCGGCUUCUUCUGCAAAGACGAUGCUUAUUAUUGCACGGAGGAUUAUCAGAAGAAACACGGCACAAAGUGUGCCACUUGCCAGCAAUACGUUCAGGGUGAGGUUGUGACCGCCCUUGGCAAGACUUACCACCAAAGCUGUUUCACUUGUGCCAACUGCAAGCAAGCUUUCCCAAGUGGUGAGCGAGUGACUUACACUGGUAAAAUAGUGUUGUGCUCCAAGUGCAGCAAUUUACCCGAAGAAAACAACACCCAAUCUGCGUCAAUCACAGAGUGCAGUCGCUGUUUUGGAGAACUUAAGGAAGGCCAGGCAGUGAUUGCUCUAGACCGUCAGUGGCAUGUUUGGUGCUUCAAGUGUACCGUCUGUGGAGUUCCUUUACAUGGAGAAUACAUGGGAAAAGAUGGAGAACCUUAUUGUGAGAAGGAUUAUCACAAAAAUUUUGGUGUGAAAUGUGCAUACUGUAGUAGGUUUAUUUCUGGUAAAGUAUUACAGGCCGGUGACAAUCAUCACUUUCAUCCAACUUGUGCCAGGUGUACAAAAUGUGGUGACCCGUUUGGAGACGGAGAAGAAAUGUAUUUGCAAGGUACUGCAAUCUGGCAUCCCAAAUGUGGACCUGGUCCUCAGACUGAACAAAUGGCAAAUGGGCAUUCUCACAGUGAGAUAGACCGAAUCAGUAAUAGUGACAUUCCGCUCUCACUACAUUCUCAUGGCACUAGCUUGAAUGGCUCUAUUUAUGGCAUUGACAAAAAGCGAGCUGGCAGUCCAGGAUUAUUGCUAAGGGAGUAUAAAAAGGGUGACUACACUGAUAUAAGUCGAAUAUAUACUUAUAGCUACUUAACGGAGGAGCCGACGCUUGGAUAUCUGAAGAAGCCAAUUGAUCCGUACGACAAGAAAAUGACGACAUCACCUCAUUUCCACAGGCCUCAACAAGGAAGAGGCAGCCUUAGAGGAAGCGGUAAGUGGUCCAGGAGUGGGGCAAUGACUGGCCUCGUCGAGUCUCUUGCAAGAGAUAGGCCGAAAUCACCUCAUAUGAAUAACGAAGAGCCCAUUGAACUCGCCCACUUCCCAGACGCACAUCCGCCUAAGCCAACUGACAAGCCUAAGAUUGAGAGAGAUGACUUUCCUGCACCACCUUAUCCUUAUACAGACCCAGAACGGAGGAGGAGGUGGUCUGAUUCUUACAAAGGCAUGGUGGAGUCCGAUGAAGAGGAGGAUGUGGUCGACGCGACUGUAACGAAAACGAAAGUGACCACUGUAGAUGCUGCAAAACUCAAGAAGGAGGAGGCAGAGCUUUCAAAGCUGAGUUCUGGCAUGGGAAAGGUUUUCUUAGCCAAUGUCAAAGAGCGGGAGAGGGUGAUGCGCCAGAGGCAACUCGACCCGAGAAAUGCUUCUAGGUCGCCGUCAGCAGCCUCACAGCCAUCUCAUAGACUUAGAUACCAAAGCCCAAUUAACGCAUCCCCUUCGAGGAAUUUAGAUGCACCUAGGCCCUGGGAUGAUGAUGAGACAUUAGACAGGUGCUCGAGCUACAGGUCCUCAGUUGGGAGGUCAAUACCAACCAUACCGACAUACAAUGUUGUCAGCUCGCUGAGACAAGUACCAAAACCCGGGUACGGCCUGGCGCCAAGGUCACACACCUUCAGCUCCACGACAGGGGACUUUUCAUAUAGUGGUUUAGGAGAUAAAGCUCCUAGCACGGAUUUUAGCAGUGCCAAGUCAGAUGUUUCCAUUGCUGGAUCUAUUUCAGAGGCCGAACGAGUAACAAUGAGCGUUGGAGGGGUGUCAUACCUAAGAAGGUCUCUGCCGAAUAUGUGCGGAAUUCAGCAGCCAGGGAAAGUCUAUCCUUACCAUCUUUUGAUUACUAGUAACUAUAGAUUGCCACCUGAUGUCGACAGGUGUAAUUUAGAGAGGCAUCUAUCGCAAGCAGAAUUCGAAACCCUAUUUCAGUGCAGCAGGAGUGAUUUUUAUAUGAUGCCUUCUUGGAAGAGAAACGAUUUGAAAAAGAGAGCCAGGCUGUUUUGAAGAGGAGUUCAAACAGAUCUAAGGGAUGUAAUCGAUUGGAUGGAAUUUCUCUUUUCCCAUGUGCUUCUCAUACAAGUCUUUAAAGAUCAUCACACAUCACGAAAAUUAAUGCCGAAUGUCCACAACAUGCACAAAACCUGUGAAGUAAGCGAGAACGUAAAGGCAAAUGGGAAAAACGAAACAGUUCUUCAAUUACAGAAGCACAAACGGUCACUGCACUGCCUUAAAGAGAGGUCAAGACGCUUUAUAUUUUACAAAAUGCGUGUGCUAAAAGAGAUAUGAUUUUUUGAUAAAAUUUAAAAUGGCUGUCAAGGUGUGAGAAAUGAUUUUUCUCCCUGUAUUUUCAUAUUGAUCCUCCCCUCUUGAAAUCUUCAAUUGUGUCAAAACAAAGUCUAAUCAAACAAAUAGAAAAGAAGAAAAGGUAGUUUAGUUUGAUGAUAGCAAUUUUGAAAAUUUUGAAUUUCCUUUUAACUCUUACAAACAGAAUAUAUUUAACAAAAAAUUGUGGUAGGUUGAUGUUUCAUGCUUUUUGCUUUUAUUAAAUGUUUUAUAUUUUAUUUAUCUAUUCCUUCAGACAGUUAAAGGCCUAGCCCGUGGAAUAUCACCAAAACGUAUAGCCUCGCUGUGGUGCCGGAUAUUUAUUUAUGUUAUUUAAGUUAGAAGGGUAAUUAAAAAAAA